CAAGUCCAUUUUAGUCUAGGGACUGUACGUGACAUGUGUGUAGUGUCACUGUCAGCGCCGUCAGCGGCGAUAUCUUUGUUUGGUUGGCUUUGUUGAUGUUGAGAGUAGGGGCAGAUAUACUGCAAUUAUUUAUUUUUGAUGAAUAAGUGCUUAAUUUUUGGAAUGAUUGUUGAGUGCUAAUCGUUUAUUUACCAGCAUAAGUUCGCACACCAAAACUUGCAUGACGAACAGUUUUUUUGAAAGGACACCGUCGAAUAAUAAGUAUUUCACGAGUAACUUUCGAAUAUGUCGUUCUUAAGAGGAUCUGAGAAUUAUGUUUGGUGCACGACUAGCGUCCUGGGUAAAGGCGCUACAGGCGCAGUAUUCCAGGGUGUUAAUAAGAAUAAUGGCGAGCCAGUGGCUGUAAAGACGUUCAACCAACUUAGCCAUAUGAGACCCCACGAUGUACAGAUGAGAGAGUUUGAAGUCCUUAAAAAGGUCAAACAUGAAAACAUCGUAAAACUUCUUGCAAUCGAAGAAGAACAGGAAGGGCGCGGUAAAGUCAUAGUGAUGGAACUCUGCACGGGCGGUAGUUUGUUCAAUAUACUUGACGACCCUGAGAACACAUAUGGCCUUCAAGAACAUGAGUUUCUGUUGGUAUUGGAACAUUUAACAGCGGGCAUGAAGCAUUUGCGCGAUAAUAACUUAGUGCAUAGAGAUCUGAAGCCAGGAAACAUAAUGAAGUAUAUAAAUGAGGAUGGUACCACCACAUACAAGCUCACAGACUUUGGUGCUGCCCGCGAGCUGCAGGAGGAAGAGCAGUUUGUAUCUUUGUAUGGCACGGAGGAAUACCUGCACCCUGACAUGUAUGAGCGAGCAGUUCUUAGGAAGCCAGUGGGCAAGAGCUUUGGAGCAACUGUAGACUUGUGGUCAAUAGGGGUAACUUUGUACCAUGUAGCUACAGGUCAGUUGCCUUUUAGACCAUAUGGAGGCAGGAAAAACAAAGAGACCAUGUUUUAUAUUACUACUAAGAAGGCAUCUGGAGUAAUUUCUGGCACACAAACGACUGACAAUGGCCCCAUUGACUGGGCGCGAGAUCUGCCGCCCCACUGUCAGCUAAGUGUUGGGCUUCGCAAACUAGUCACUCCACUCCUGGCUGGACUGCUAGAGGUGGACCCUCACAGGAUUUGGACUUUUGAACGAUUUUUUUCAGAAGUACAAGUUACUACAUCUACAACAGCUGUACAUGUUUUUCAUGUAAAUAAAGCUGCCAGCAUAAAGGUUUUCCUAAAGCCAGACGAAAAGUACGAACACCUGCAAACUUACAUUUGUGAGCAAACCAGUGUGGUUGCCGAGUCACAGAUAUUGCUCUACAAGGACAAACUUAUGCUCAAUGAAAUCAAUGAAAACACCACAGGUAAAGACUACCCUGAGACAACAGCCGAGGAGCCGCUGAUGCUGUUCAACAAAAACAACAACAACGUGAGCAUGGCGCCGGAGCCUGAGAUACCAAAGUUUCCCGUGUUCCCCAACAUAGUGUCCGUAGAGAACGAUGCCAGCCAGGCCAAGACGGCGUGCAGCGUGGGGCACGUCCUGAAGCGGCGCGUGGAGGCGCUGUGCGCCGCGUCCGUGCUGUGCGGCGCGUGCGUGGCGCGCUGGGGGGCGCUGCUGGGCGCGCGACUGGCGCGGGUGGCGGCGCGCGCCGACGCGCUGCACGCGCACGCGCAGCUGGCGCUGGCGGCCGCGCGCGCGCUGGACCUGGCCGCCGCCGCCGCGCGCGCGCCCGCCGAGGCCUGGGCGGCGCGCGCGCAGCGCCUGGCGCAGGACGCGGGCUCGCUGCGCGCCGCCGCCGCCGCGCUGGUGGCGCGCCACGCGCAGCCCUCGCUGCGGGCCGAGUUCGACGCGGCGCAGGCGCCCUGCCCCAGCCAGCUGCGCCUGCACGUGAAGGCCAGGACGCUGGUGGAGCGGCUGCGCGACUCGUGGCAGCACCUGGUGCGGGACCGCGCCACGCGCUCGCUCACCUACAACGACGAGCAGUUCCACGUGCUGGAGCGCAUCACCGUGGCCGAGACGGGCCGCCGCGCCCGCUCGCUGCUGCAGAAGGCCUCCCCGCUGGCUCGCGCUCGAGCGGACGCGAUUGCAGACUGGUACAAAGUGGCUCAGACGGUGUACCUGCAGACGCAGAUCUUGGACAAGGACGUGUCGGGUGCAGAGCUGAAGUUGCUAACGCUGGCGGCGCGCGUGCAGGAGGCGGAGCACUCCGUGCGGGAGCAUAUCAACGAUGCGCACGCGCAGCUAAAUGCGUCAAAAGUGAGUACGGAGAUCGAGGAAACAACAAAGGUAAACGAAGCGUCACGUAGUAACGUCAACAAGAAGGGCGUAGUGGGCGCGAGCGGCGCCGGAGUACGCGCGCUAUUGGCCGCGCAGGACGGGCUGGCCGCCGCGCUGGCCGGCAACGCCGCGCUGCUCACCAAGCUGGCGGACCUCACGCACUCGCUGCAGCCCUAGCCGCACUGCUCACUCACUUGGACUGUACUGCUAAUCGACGCGCAUUCUUUAAUAAUGUAGAAC